UUUGGAAUUUCCGCGGGUUUUCCCCAAGCUAAAACUAUCAACGAAACCAUAAUCAUAAUAUUACAAUUUUCUGUCCAGGCCCAAGUAAUAACAGAAGGUCUUCCCGAAAUUUAGUUUGUAAAAGCAGAAAGAAAGUUCCACAAUAACCGAAUACCUUUAGGACGUCUAUAUAAGUGGGUCACAGAAAAGCGAGUAUUCGGCAGAUCUGUUGAAUUAAAACACACUUGAAAUGGAUGACGGGAAAUCGAACAGGGGCAGGAAAAGAAAAGUUGAAGAUGUAAACUUGAGUCAGGAGGACCAGUUAAAGAAACAAAAGAAUAGAGAUGCUGCCAAAAAAUGCAGAGAAAAGAAGGAAAGGGAAGCUCAACAACUGAAAAGUAGAAAUGAUGAACUCGAAACAGAAAAUCAACAGUUGAUGAAGGAAAGACAAGAGCUUGAAGAAAAAGUUAAAAGAUUUAAGGUCAUAAUUGAAGACCAUCAGAGGAAAGGAUGCCGACUCCCACCUAAUAUUGAGGCAGCAUUGCAUCAAGAAUCUCUUUUUGGUGAUAAUGAAGACUUCAGAGAGGUCGGCACGAUUGAAUAUACAGGAACCCCACCUCACACACCUGACAGUUCCUGCUCAGAGAAGCAUUCCCCAGCCACGCCUCGCCUCUUCCUGGACCAACAUUCACACGCACCCACUGCAUUGUUUAGUGGAAACCCACUGCCGCAGGAUGAAAAGAAGAGAAGACACAGCAGCAGUUCCAGCAGGUCCUCGUCCCGCUCUCCUGCCCCUGCUCCCAAAGAUUUAUCCCAGCUGUUGAUGGGAUCUAAGGCUGUACCACCUGCACUUGCACCAAUAGCUCAUCGUAAAUUAAGCACCAGCUCCACAAAUCAGUACGAGAAUGUCCAGAGAGUAACUCACAGCCCAGCUCAGCUAGUGCCCACGGUUGUUCUAGACGAUGAUGAAACCGAUCAGAUGGAAGAGGACAAAGGAAGUAACGGUAGCUACAUUAAUGACCAGUCUAAACUGAUUUGGGUUCCAAUUACAGAGGAGAAAGUGUUCAGGACAGAUUUUUCUGGCAUUUCCACCAAUGCUUUAGCCAGUGUGGCUUUAGCUAAAGCCUUUGAGCAGCCAGACAUCACCAGUGAGGAUAACCUGUCCAGGGAAAUCUACACCAGAAGCUCCGGAAUGGACCAGAGUGUUAAGACAAAAUCACCCAGUGAAAACUUGCCCUCUCUGGGCUUCAACAUUGCUCCUGUACCUGAAGGCUACUCCUACACUGAAGAUCUUCAAGGCGUUGAGCCACCAGGAACUGCAGAGUACACACCUCCAGAGCAGUACAGCUACACCAGUCAACAAGUGCCGCUGACAGUUUGCGCCAGGGCCAUUCUCUCGGCUGGGAAUGAAAUGGCUCCAUCACUACAGGAACAAAUCAAGUCCUCUUGCAGUGGUCAGAGCUUCACUGUAGAUCACAGGACUCAGGCUCACAACUCUGCUCAGCAGAAAGUCUUGGUCAGCCAUCAAGUAUCUGGACAGUCUAGACAACAAACCAUUACAGGUCGGCAAGGAGAAGCACUACCUUCAAAUCUUAUGAAAUCUACUGCCUCCUCAAUAACUAGACUUGUAAUGGCAGAACCAGUAGGUCGUCAAAUGAGUCAGCAAAAUAUUCAUAGCCUACAAAAUAUUCAGAGCCAGCAAAAAAUUGUUAACCUACAAAAUAUUCAGGGCCAACAAAAUACUCAGAGCCAAUUAAAUAUUCAGAGCCAGCCAGUCUCAACAUGGAACAAUACAGCAGUUGUGGUAGGGCAGUCUAAUGUGUCCACUCUCCAAAAAUAUCAGGUGGUACGCCAGAAUUCAAACACUAACAAAGAUCCUGUUUUGGUAGUGCGACAGAAUUCAAACACGAACAAAGAACCUGUUUUGGUAAUGCGACAGAAUUCAAACAGAGAAACCGUUCAAUUGAUACAACAGAACUCUAAUAACAAAGAUCAAAUUAUUUUUAUACAUGAAGGGAACACUUAUAUAGCAGACACUGCCAACCGUGAUUCCGCCUCAAGCAAUCAAGUUUUGUUUCAUGUGACAACUAGCAUGGCGCCAACUACCUCAUCUGGCACAACCGAGGAGUCUUUCUCCAAAAACGUGGAGAAUCUGCCAAGCUUAAAUUUUACUGACUUAAAUACAGAAGGAAAUAUUUUUGAGAAGAAACCGUCAUCUAAAAGGGUUUCUAGUUGAAAUAAAUAAAAAAUUAGAACCAGUGUAAACAAUACUUUUUUUAAUUUCUAUAAAAGGAACAAUUUAAUGUAUCUAACUGAACUGUAUACAAUUAUUGUUCCAUAAUACAUUUUUAUAUUUAAUUUCUAUUUAACAUAAGAGUGCAGUAUGUGAAUCUUUGAACAUACAUCUAUAAUUUAUAAGUUGAUUUAUCAAUGGGUAGGCUGACUGCAGGAGCUAUUCACUCUCUUAAUCAGUUAGCAUGUUGAAGUAAGUGUCUCCAGUUGAAACCCAUCUUUCUCAUAACCAGGUUUUUCUUUGUUGUUGUCUUUUCUUAUUUACAUGGGAUUCCAGACACAACUGUUCGUUGAGCUGUAAAGAAUUAUGUUAUUUACUACUUGCUGCCACAUUUCUCAAGUGUUGAUGCCCCUUGGUAAAGGUAACUCAUAACUAUGUUGAUGUUGUCUUCUGGUGAUGGGAAACUUCUGUCGUUUUUGUAGAAUUAUUUGGGAAUUUUAAAUUGUGAUGAUUUUUUAAAAAUAAUCUUGUAUAUUUGUGAAUAUUGUUAUUCUUUUUUUAGUUUUUUUUCUGCACAUUUUAAAGUGCAGGGUAUUGUUUAAAAUAUCUGUUUAUCAAAGGAUGAUAAAGUUAGUAUGUUUGUAUUUUUGUUCUCUCUUUGUGCCAUCAUAGAUUUUUACAAUAGUAAAUACAACAUUUACAUCUGUUAAUAACUCAUAUAAGUUAAUUUAUUGGGCGGGGUUUCUUCUUCUGUUUGUAGAUUUGGAGUUGUACUUUACUUUUAGGUCGAUUGAUUUUAAUUCUCGGCAUGACCUUUUAUAUUAAUUGGAUAUAAUUCAGAAAAUAAUUCUUGAAAUGUGUUUUUAAAAUUUCACAAUGGGUUGAAAUAACAAUAGUAUCAUAUUUGGUUUAGUUUUUUUUUUUUUGUUGUUGUAUAGCAUUGGAUAGAAUGAUAAAGAAUUUGUUUUAGCUUCUCUGUAUCAUUACCACCCCAUACCACUGUAAAUAUGAAUAUAAUUAGAAAUAGUUAAUUUCUUUAUUAUUCUUAGACACUAUACUGCCUAUCCAUUGUGAUUUUUACUCUUUAUGUAAUCCAUACAAUUGCAUAGCUUUUUAAUCAAUUAUAUUAUUAUGAUAUAGAUUUGUGCAUACUAGCAUUUCAAUAUCUCUUCUGUACCUCUUUUGUUAUUUGCUUUUUUGCUUAUUUGGUACAAUUGUUUUUGUACCAUUGUGUUGACAAAAUUCUAUAAUCAAGUUUUUAAAAUAUCAAGAAUACCAGUGGAGUUAUUUUUAUUGUGCCUGUGGCUAUCUCACAUUACUGUGUGGCUAUGUUACCACACUGUGUGGCUAUCUAACAUUACAAUAUUCUGUGGCUAUCUCACAAUACUGUGUGGCUAUGUUACCGCACUGUGUGGCUGUCUGACAAUGCUCAUCUCCUUAAAGAUUAAAUUGGCUAGAACACAAAUUCAUUAAUUUGGCUGUUGAAGUGUACACAAGUUGGCUAGAACACUGUCCAAUAACUGAUUCACAUGAUGUUUUAUGGUACUGGAGUUCUUGCCCUUGUGCAAAUACUUAAUGUAAAUAAAUCAUGUAAUUGAUUCCUUUGAUGGUGUCUGAAAACAAAAGAUACUAAAUCAACACCUAGCCAACCCGGCCAGUCAAUUAGAGUUGAUUUUAUUAUUUUUCCUUCUUUGCUUGCUACAAAUUGCUUUUCAACAGACUAACUGCACUUUAUUAUCACAUGUGACUUUCUCUAUGCUAAUCUGCUGAUAAGUAAGGUAGUUCUGACAGCUUUUUACUCAAAGCUUUUUUUUUUAUCAAUUGCACCAACUCUAUGCAGGAUCUAUUAUCUUAUUAAAAUAGCUAAUUAAAGAAAGGAUAUUUAAAAUAAAUUAUAAUCCCUUGUUUUGUGAUUGUAUCAAAAUGCAAUACUUCAUUCCUUUUUAAAAGCUUAUCAAUUUUUGUUUUUAGUUUAAUAUGUAAUAUUGCCGACCAGUUAUGGCGAGGAAUUGUUUUACUACAAAUAUUUAAUACAAAAAAAUAACCGGUCUUUGGGUAGAAGAGGCCAGUGUAAGGCUUGGUUUUAUUUUGUCACUGUAAUUUGUUUUUACUUAUAGCAUAUGUAGAUACACAACUGUGUUAUGUAAUCAUUUCAAAUUUGUCUAAUGCACCAUUUCAGAAAUAAGUAUUUAAAUACAAUUAAUGAGGUUGUAAUAUCUUUGUUUGGCUUUAUUUUAGAAUUAAAGUGUAGUCGGAAGAUUUAAUUCUUUGUCAGCUGUUAUAAAAACAAUAAAGUUAUAAAUAAAGGAUUGUUUGAAUUUCUCAUGUUAUUUGAUGAAAAGAUACAGAUUUGUUACCUAAGGGGAGAAAGCUUGGUUUUCACUUCAAAAUAUCUUACUAACACUAACAGAACAUUGUAAGUUUAUUACUGUAAUUGUAUCAACAAAGAUACCCGAUCAAAUCUGCU